UGUCUAGGGGUGGCUGGGGGGAGAUAGAGGGGGUUGAUGAUGUAGAUAGAGGGGUUUGCCUAGGGGUGGGUCGAUAGAGGGGGUGGCUGGGGGAAGAUGGAGGGGUUUGUUUAGGGGUGGGGAGAUACGGGGGGUACCUGGGCUAGGGGUACCUGGGCUGGGGGGUGAUAACAGCCAUGGGAGGCGGCGAAGCCUGCAUGGAGGUGGGUGCACAAGGGCAGCGGCCGACAAUUCGCCAGGUGGCUCAGAGCUGCCAAUCUCCCUUUAAUAGCUAAAGAGCUUCUCAUCCCCUGGCCAAAAAUGUGAUCAGCACUCCUGAAAUAGCCUCGUGUGUGUAUCUGGGGAGGGGAGGUGUGUGUGUCUAUCAGAGCCCCCCCACCUUCCCAGGGAGUCUAUAUAAGCGGGGGAGUGUGAGGGCUCGGGAGAGAGGAGACGGAGCCAAGGAAUCAACCUCCAAGUGCCAGGGAUCCAAGCGGAGGAUCAGGGCGGGAGGGCCGGCGAUCAGGGCGGAGGAUCGAGGCGCUAGGCCGGGGAUUGGGGCGCUAGGCCGGGGAUCGGGGCGGAGGAUCGGGGCGCUAGGCCGGGGAUCGGGGCGGAGGAUCGGGGCACUAGGCCGGGGAUCGGGGCGCUAGGGCUGGGGGUCGGGGCGGAGGAUCGGGGCUCUAGGCAGAGGAUUGCGCUAGGCCGGGGAUCAGAGCGGAGGAUCAGGGCGCUAGGCCGGGGAUCAGGGCCGGGGAUCAGGGCGGAGGCUCGGGGCGCCAUGGGGAACAGUAAAAGCGGGGCGCUGUCCAAGGAGAUCCUGGAGGACCUGAAGCUCAACACCAAAUACACGGAGGACGAGCUGUGCAAGUGGUACGAGAGCUUCCAGAAGCAGUGCCCGGACGGGCGCAUCAGCCGGGCCGAGUUCGAGAAGAUCUACGGCAACUUCUUCCCCAACUCGGACCCCAAGGUCUACGCCCGGCACGUCUUCCGCAGCUUCGACACCAACGACGACGGGACGCUGGACUUCCGGGAGUACAUCAUCGCCCUGCACCUCACCUCCUCCGGCAAGACCACCCUCAAGCUGGAGUGGGCCUUCUCCCUCUUCGACGUCGACCGCAACGGGGAGAUCAGCAAGAGCGAGGUGCUGGAGAUCAUCACGGCAAUAUUUAAGAUGAUUCCCCCUGAAGAGCAGAAAAUGCUCGCUGAGGAUGAAAACACCCCCCAGAAACGAGCCGACAAGCUCUGGCACUAUUUCAAAAAGGGGGAAAACGACAAAAUCGCCGAGGGGGAGUUCAUCUCCGGGGUGAUGAAGAACGAAGCCAUCAUGAAUCUGAUCCAAUACGAACCCAAGAAAUAGGAAGGCCGAGGUCCCGGGCCGGGAGGGGAACAGCAACCUGGAGGGAGAGCAGGCGCCACUCCCCCACCAUGUGCAUGGAGUGAGCGAGAAAACGAGUGAAUGGGAAAACGAUGAAAUGAAUGAAUGAAACAGGACAUGCGAGAGGGGCCCAACCCAUCUCCAGGCAUACGCUGCCAUGUCAGUCUUCACCCCUUUCCCCGGGUAGCUGUAUCCCUCCUCCUCCUCCAACAGACCAUCCGCCGCUUCCAAACAGGCUGUCAUGGGGGGCCUAGGGAGGGCGGAUUCCCCCCAAGAGCCCCAGGGGGGCAGAAAGGAGCAGGGGGAAAGCGUGGGAGGUGAAAGAGGAUGAUGAGAAAGGGAGGAUAGGAGGAAGGAGAGAAAGAAACCUGGAGCAAUGAAGGAAAGAGGAGGGAUGUAAGAGGAGCGAAGGAAGGAAUGAGAAAGAAUGGAGAUUAAAAAGAAGGCCGGGCGGCAGAGAACGGGAAAUGAGAGGGGAGAAAUGGCCGAUGGAAGAGAAGGAUCACACAAAGGUGCUGCCAGAGAGGCACUGAGAUCAGGGACCCCUCGGGCUGGGCGCCGCCCAGACACAGAGUCACUGAGAUUGGGGCCCCAUUGCGCCGGGCGCUGCCCAGACAGAGUCGCUGAGAUUGGGGCCCCAUUGGGCCUGGCGCUGCCCAGACCCAGUCACAGAGAUCGGGGCCCUGUCUGGCCGGGCACUGCCCAGAGUCAGAGUCACUGAGAUUGGGGCCUCGUCACGCCAGGUGCUGCCCAGACACAGAGUCACUGAGAUUGGGGCCCCGUCACGCCAGGUGCUGCCCACAGACUCGCUGAGAUCGGGGCCCCGGCGUGCUGGGCGCUGCCCAGACUCAGACGCACCGAGAUCGGGGCUCCCUCAGGCCAGGUGCUGCCCAGACUCAGACUCACUGAGAUCGAGGCCCCGGGCGCUGCCCAGACAGCUUGAGAGCCAAGCGUUGAACCCAGGCAUCUUGUCUCCUCGUCUAACGCUCCAGCCACGGCUCCUCAGCAAAAAACCCUCAAGUGGCACAAACCAAUGACCACAGUCCAGGGCCCUGAAAAGCGCUCUGCCUUUCUCCAUUUGCGUCUUCUCUUCCUGCCCCCUUGGUCUGAUUCUUCCCCCCUCUCCAUGGGCCCGAGGCAGCUCAUUCACACCCCCACACUGAAGCCUGUUUGGAAAACACCCCCCACCCCCCACAUUCAUGUUGUGUUCUGCAGUUUGUGCUUCUGUCUCGUUUCUUCCCCACCCCUGAGCCAGCAGGAUUCCCGACCCAGCGCUGGUGGGGGUGGAAGGAGGGAAGACAAAGGGCAUUUGUCUUACAUUUCUGUACUGGUGUCUGGUUUUCAAUAAAGAGCGUUGUGUGUAACCAUUUGCCCGGCCUCUUGGGGGAGGGAGCGGGCCAGGCAAGAAUUGAACCGGCCACCUCCAGCACCAGCUCUUGCUACAGCUGGCAGGCAGGAGCAGGAACACCGCCUGGCCACUAGGGGCGACACCGAGCGCCCUGCCAGAAGGGGGGCCCCCCGAGCAGUAAGUACCCCGUGCCACCACUAGAAGGGGCAGGUGGGAGCUGGCAAACUAAGCCAUUCGUCCCUGACCCCCUCCUCCUGUAAGCACCCGCCCCCACUCCCCUCCCAGAGCCGGGGAGAGAACCCAGGAGUCCUGGCUCCCAGCCCCCCCUGCUCUAACCCCUAGACCCCACUCCCCUUCCAGAGCUGGGGAGAGAACCCAGGAGUCCUGGCUCCCAGCCCCCCUACUCCAACCCCCAGACCCCACUCCCCUCCCAGAGCCCAGAAAAGAACCCAGGAGUCCUGGCUCCCAGCCCGCCCACUCUAACCACUAGACCCUACUCCCGUUCCAGAGCCAGGGAGAGAACCCAGGAGUCCUGGCUCCCAGCCUCCCCUGCUCUAACUCCUAGACCUCACUCCCCUUCCAGAGCCAGGGAGAGAACCCAAGAGUCCUGGCUCCCAGCCCCCCUGCUCUAACCCAUGGCAUACGGGCCCCCACUGGCUGUUUCCUGCUGCCCUGACAGGCAUUACAGGGAUAAUCCGUGUGUCCCAGGUCUGUUGGCAGGACGGGGGUUAUGUAACAGGGCCCCCCCCCGCCCUGCUUCCAAUCCCGUUAGUGAGGAUGAGCUCUGGGCCCAGUGCCGAAAGCCCAGUG